GGUUUGGAUAGACCAAGCGAGACUGGUCCAGAUGAGAACCACGAAAUUGAAGGGCAGCUCUGCCGAAAUAGCCCGAGAAGACGAAGAGAAGAAUUGAGCUUGAACUACUCCUUCACAUCACAACAUCCAUGUUACUCAGUCGCCUUCUCCAUGGAAUGAGAUGACAUCUGAAAACGAAGCAAUGGCUACCGAAUUCGCAGUUGGAGGGAAGAUUUCUAAGGUUAUUAAUGGCUGCAAAAUUUCAAAAAAAGCAGCAUUUUCUUCUGCUUUGCUCGUAGUAGAUGCCCUUCUCGUUUCUCUCAUCAUCGCCUACGUCCCAUAUACAAAGAUAGACUGGGAUGCCUAUAUGUCACAGGUAACUGGGUUUCUCCAAGGAGAAAGAGAUUACCGUAAUCUGAAAGGGGAUACUGGGCCUUUGGUGUAUCCAGCCGGCUUUCUCUAUGUAUAUUCUGCUAUUCAGUAUGUUACUGGAGGAGAGGUCUACCCAGCUCAAAUUCUUUUUGGCAUUUUGUACAUUGUUAAUCUGGGAAUCCUCUUAUUCGUAUAUGUGAACACUGAUGUGCUUCCAUGGUGGGCUUUCUCUUUGCUUUGUUUGUCAAAAAGAGUCCAUUCCAUAUUUGUGCUUCGUCUCUUUAAUGACUGUUUUGCCAUGACUUUUCUUCAUGCUGCACUGGCAUUACUUCUUUACCAAAGAUGGGAUCUGGGACUAAUUAUUUUCAGUGUGGCUGUUUCAAUAAAGAUGAAUGUGCUCCUUUAUGCCCCGCCAUUAUUAGUUCUUAUGUUAAAGGCUAUGACCAUCAAGGGGGUGAUAUCUGCCUUGACAGGUGCAGCAUUAGUGCAGGUGUGCACUCUUCAGUUUAAUUGUUUUGGGAUGAAAGAUAAUACAUCCGGAGAUGCAUGGAUGGAUCUUUCAAUAUUGUCAACAAUGCAAUGUCACCAGUUCCAGCAACAGAAUAUAAGGAAAACACCUAACGAUAUUGUAACUACCAUGUUCGUUGGGAACUUCAUUGGCAUUGUUUGUGCCAGAUCACUUCAUUAUCAAUUUUAUUCAUGGUAUUUCUAUAGCUUGCCAUUUCUUCUGUGGAAAACAACUUUUCCCACUCCACUGCGAAUAAUCUUGUUCCUUGGGGUGGAGUUAUGCUGGAAUAUCUACCCUUCCAAUUUAUACUCUUCUUCUGCUCUCUUCUGUAUCCAUGUAGCCAUAUUGUGGGGUCUCUGGACUGCACCAUGUGAAUACCCUUAUUUGGAUGGUAAGUCAACUCAAAACAAGGAGGAAUGAGAUGCAGGGUUUUCUGUUUCUGCACAGAGGAAAAAGUUCGCUCAAAACCUUGUUUCAUUCGUGACUUCACUUCGAUGUUUCUAGCGGUUUGUGCCUAUUCCUUACUGCUUAUCUGUGUUGAGGUGCCAAGUUAUCGAUCUUGCAUGUAUGAUUUGUAAUCUUCAUGAUUUUGAUUAUGAACAUGGCCUUUGAAUAUCGAGGAAUGUAGCUGGAAUGCUCAUGUGGAUCCAAA